UAUACAGUGGGAGCCACUGAGUUUAGUCAAACAGCAGAUACAUUGUGUCAGCGUCGUUCUGCGUUCGGUGAACAGAGUCUUAGCUGCGACAUUCUAUCAGGAAGUGACCUGUUGUUAUUGUCAGUCUGCUGGGAGCAGCCAUGUCGAUCACAGUGAAGGCAUAUCUACUGGGAAAAGAUGAAAGUCACAAGGAGAUCCGUCGCUUUACCACAGAACUGCCAGUGGGCAAUGCCAGCUCUGGCUGUGAGCGGCUCUCUAGGAAGGUGACAGACGUUUUUCAAGGGCUGAGAGGGGGGACCUUCCAGAUGUUCUACAGAGAUGAAGAGGGAGAUUUGGUUGCUUUCUCUACUGACGAGGAGUUAAAUAUGGCUUUUGCUGCUUUGAAUGAAGAGGUCUUCCGUCUCUAUAUUAAAGAGAGAAGAGAUUGCAAGCGCGAUCAUCGUUCACACUGUGGGCAGGAAAACACUCCGAAUCUCAUUCACCCAAAUGUUACAUGUGAUGGCUGCAAUGGUCCUGUGGUUGGGAACAGAUACAAGUGCCUGAUUUGCCCAGAUUAUGACCUGUGCAGCACCUGUGAAGGAAAAGGAGUUCAUAAAGAGCAUAACAUGAUAAUGUUUGCCACACCCUUGCAGAAUUUUCCUCGUGGUCGCUGGUUCCACAAAAAACACCAUGGAGUCCCAUAUCCAUGGAUGGCUGGCUGGGGAUUCCCUGCAAGAGGCUUUACAUGUCCCAACUUUCAGCAGGAGCAGGAGAGUGCUCCUCCUUCCCAAAGUCCACCUGCUUCGGAAAAUGUUCAAGCUGGUCCUUCUAGUGCCUCGCAGCCAUCCCAAGAUCCUAAUGUCACCUUCUUGAAGAAUGUUGGAGAGAGUGUUGCAGCCAUGUUGAGUCCUUUGGGUAUUGAUGUGGACAUUGAUGUGGAACAUGGUGGAAAACGAAGCAAAGUCUCAACUCCACAGCCGGGUUCGGAAAAAGAUAAAGACUCGCAGCCCAACAGCACAUGCUCUUCUCAGGACCCCCAGGCCAAAGACAACAGUCAUGACUCUGAACUCAUGGAGACUGACAGCAUUGCUAAGCGCAUGAAAGACAUAGCUUUAAAUCCUCCCUUCGAAAAUAACCACGAACAUGGCGAGGGCAGCGGCAGUAGCAGUGCUUCAGGGGUUGAUGAUGAUUGGACCCAUGUUUCUCCCAAAGAAGUAGACCCAUCUACUGGCGAACCUCAGUCUCUUCUUGACGCAGAUAUACCUUCCUGCCUAGAUCCAUUUCAGCCCACAUCCCAAUCCAUAAAUGUACCUACAGGGCUGAGAGAAGCUGCUAUCUAUCCACAUUUACCAGCAGAGGCAGAUCCUCGUCUUAUAGAAACACUGUCACAGAUGCUGUCAAUGGGCUUCACAGACGAGGGUGGAUGGCUUACAAGACUCCUGGAGGCAAAGCAGUAUGACAUAGACGCUGCCCUGGAGACCAUGCAGUCUGUGCGAAAUAUCGCUCGUCCCUAACAUCAGCAUGAAAUACAGUAUAAACUUGCACUCUUAAGAUUUAUCUUACCACAAAACUUAUACCCUGCUUAUUAUAGCAACAAUAAAAUGUCAUCAUCUUCACUGGUUUUAAUUACUCUUUUUCAUAAUUCUCUUUUUAAAAGCUUGAGUUCUACUUGGAAGUUGGUCAAGGGCAAUUUCCUUUUAUAUUUUUUCAGACGAUUCACAGUAUAGGUGAAACUAUCUCAAAAACAUAUUAUUAUUUUGCUUAGACCAAACAUGGCUUUCAUUCCCUGGAGAAAGAAUAGAACAUAAUGCAGUAAACUUAAAUUUAACUGUUGGGGGGUAUUCAUUAAAGUGAGAUUUGUUGGGAAUUCAAAGUGAAUUUAAAAUUUUAGACCAAAAUCGUCAAGCUGGAAGCAUAGCUAACUUGAAUAUUUUUUCCAAUUCAGCUAUUUGGUAUUAAUUGGGGAUUUCUAUCAAUUCUCACUUUAGUGAAUAUCUGAGAAAACAAAUUGGUACUAUGUCUUCUAAUUUGGUUUAUAUGUAAGAUUAUGUAACAUACAAUUAAUUUUCCCCUGCAUAGGCAUAAUCAUACCAUUAAACUUCCUUUAUUAUCAAUAAAAGAGAUAAAAAAAACCAAACAAAAGUACAUAGUUUGUCAGUCAUGCCUAUCAUUCUCAUAAUCAGUGAAUCAAUUGGCAUUGUUCUGUAAUCACCCCUUAUCUAUCAAGUAAACUAUUCAGUAAUCAAAAGGAUAAUUGCAUCUGACAUAAAUGUUAUCACCUAAUAAGUUAGUGCCUUCUAGAAUCACUGGUCUACAUGUGAGUGAUAAUAGACAAGUAAAAAUCAUACUUUUCAUAAUUAUAAGUGGUGGUGGCCUUGUAUUUCACUGUAUGACCUGGUAAAUCUGUAGUAUGUGUUCAGUUAGUGCAUUUUUUUUAGACCCAUACAGAUAGAUACUGUAUACUUAUUAAGACACGGAACCUAAGUGGAUCAGAUGUAUUAUCCCAGACCCUUGCCAUAUUCCAGGUAUAGACCGAGUUUGUAUGUUAACAUUUUUUAACUGAUGACUAUAUGAGGAAUUGAGUUCUUUACUAUGUAAUAACUGAUACCUUUUAAAACUUAUGCAAUUAAAACCUGCUUGUGAAGUA